AAAUGCUUCUCAUCACAAACACCCAUCAUCCCCAUUCAAUUGGAUUCAUCCUCUCUUUUUUCCACUCAUCUCUCCUUGGGUCUCAAGUUCAGUGGUUCUCGAGCACUAGCCUGUUUGUCUUUGUCAUGGCUUCUUCCAACUUUGCAAUUCUCUUCUUCGCUUCCCUUCUGCUCAAAAGUUUGAUGGUUGCAUGUGCUGGCAACUUCCACCAAGAGUUCGACAUAACCUGGGGAGAUGGCAGAGCUCGGAUACUCAACAAUGGAGAUCUCCUCACUCUCUCUCUCGACAAGGCUUCGGGCUCCGGCUUCCAAUCCAAGAACGAAUAUCUUUUCGGCAAGAUCGACAUGCAACUCAAGCUAGUCCCUGGAAACUCUGCUGGCACUGUCACUGCGUACUAUCUAUCCUCAAAAGGGUCAGCGUGGGACGAGAUAGAUUUUGAGUUCUUGGGAAACCUGAGUGACGAUCCAUACAUUCUUCACACCAAUGUGUUCAGCCAAGGCAAGGGAAACAGGGAACAGCAAUUCUAUCUCUGGUUCGACCCGACUGCUGAUUUCCACACCUACUCCAUCCUCUGGAACCCGCAACGCAUCAUAUUCUCAGUGGACGGCACUCCCAUCAGGGAAUUCAAGAACGCGGAAUCGAGCGGCGUUCCAUUCCCCAAGAGCCAACCGAUGAGGAUUUACUCGAGCCUGUGGAACGCGGACGACUGGGCAACGAGAGGCGGGCUGGUGAAGACAGACUGGUCGCGAGCUCCGUUCACGGCUUCGUACAGGAGCUUCAACGCGGAUGCCUGCGUCUGGUCCUCCGGGUCGUCGUCUUGCGGGUCCAACCCGGCCUCGAGCGACGGCAAUUCUUGGCUCACGCAAGAGCUGGACACGACCAGCCAAGAGAGGCUGAAGUGGGUGCAGCAGAAUUACAUGAUCUACGACUACUGCUCCGACUCCAAGAGGUUCCCUCAAGGCCUCCCUCCAGAAUGCAGCCGGUCUUAAUAUUAUAGAGGAGGGCCGGACAAAGAGAGCGCGAAUGCUAAGGCAUUUUACAUAGGACGAUUCUUUCAUUGAAUUUUCAUAUUCUUUUUAACAUGUUUGACAAUAUCUUGUUCUUUAUGUAAUAUUUACCUUGGUU